CUCGUGGGGCCGAACGCCGAUCUCCCUUGGGCCUGUGUGUUGCAGUGUGGCGCCAUGUGGAUAAGGGCACCGCGGAAGGAGCCAUCGAUGCUAUGCUGAUCCACGGGCAGGAUGCCAUCACCGUGUCCAAUGCUGGGCGAAUCCUGCGUUCCUGGGAGACCAACAUUGGGGGCCUCAACUGGGAGACCUCCCUGGACACUGGCAGUUUCCAGGGGGCUGCCCUGGUGGGGCUCCCCGAGGGGGUGAAGUACGUGGCAGUGCUGAAGAAGACGGCCCUGUCUCUGCACUACCUGUCCAACGGGCACCAGAAGUGGGUGGAACACCUGCCAGAAAGCGAGAACACUCAGUACCAGCUGCUGUAUUCCCGUGGGACUGGGGUGAUCCACGUGCUUGGCAUCGUUCCCCAGAGCCACCUGAACGUCGUGACCUUCAACGUAGAGGAUGGAGAAAUCACAAGACAGGUGAGGGUGGCAGCCCCGUGGCUGGUGGCCCUGCAGGGCUCCUGUGGCGUGCUGGGCGAGGCCGUGCUGGUGUGCGUGGACACGGCCGCGCGCUCGCUGCACGUCUGCGCCCUGGACACAGAGCAGGACAUGAGGCACAUCCCUCUGCAGUCCCUGGAGCUGGAGUUUGCAGAUGAUUUCCAGGCCAGGAUCCUGACCACUCAGCCCAGUGUGACCAGCGCCUCACGGACUCAGUUCUUCCUGCAGCUGUCCCCAAGCCACUUCUCCCUGCUGCAGUACAAGCAGGGGCUGCUCAGCCACCUGCGGGACUUCCAGCAGGCAGCUCUGGUGAGUUUUGCAACGACCGGGGAGAAGACGGUGGCCGCUGUCCUGACCUGCAGAAGUGAACUGAAACCUGGAAGUUCUGAUGGUCUCCAUGCUGGCAGCACUCUGGAGGAUGCCCGGAGGCAGGAUUCCUUAACCUGCUCCAACCAAACCUACAACAUAAACCUCUACCUGGUGGAAACUGGGCAAAGGUUGCUGGACACCACAAUCACCUUUAGCCUGGAGCAAGGAGGGGCCAAGCCACAGCAGCUGUACAUCCAGGUUUUCCUAAAGAAGGAUGACUCCGUGGGCUAUCGAGCCUUGGUGCAGACAGAGGACCACAUGCUCAUGUUCCUCCAGCAGCCAGGAAAGGUUGUGUGGAGUAGAGAGGAGUCUCUGGCAGAGGUGGUAAGCUUGGAGAUGGUGGAUCUGCCUCUGACAGGGGCACAGGCUGAGCUGGAGGGAGAAUUUGGAAAAAAAGCAGCCAUCCAAGAUGGAUUGCUGGGAAUGUUCCUGAAGCGACUCUCAUCCCAGCUCAUCCUGCUGCAAGCCUGGACUGCCCAUCUCUGGAAGAUGUUCUACGAUGCCAGGAAGCCCCGGAGCCAGAUUAAAAACGAGAUUAACAUUGACAACUUGGCCAGAGACGAGUUCAACCUCCAGAAAAUGAUGGUGAUGGUCACUGCCUCGGGCAAGCUUUUUGGCAUUGAGAGCAGUUCAGGCACCAUCCUGUGGAAGCAAUACCUCAGGAAUGUCAGGCCAGGCUCCUCCUUCAAGCUGAUGGUGCAGAGAACAACAGCCCAUUUCCCCCACCCUCCACAGUGCACUCUGCUCGUCAAGGACAAGGAAACCAAAAUGAGUUUUCUGUACGUCUUUAACCCCAUCUUUGGGAAGAGAAGCCAGGUAGCUCCUCCCGUUCUGAAACGUCCGAUUCUCCAGACUUUGCUUCUGCCUAUUAUGGAUCAAGACUAUGCCAAAGUGCUGCUCCUGAUUGAUGAUGAGUACAAGGUUACACCUUUCCCAGCCACUAAAAAUGUCCUUCGGCAGUUAGAAGAAAUAGCUCAUUCCAUCUAUUUUUAUCUGGUUGAUGCUGAGCAGGGAAAACUCUCUGGAUUCAGGCUGAAAAAGGACCUGAGCACGGAGGAGAGCUGGGAGGUGGCCAUCCCCACGGAGGUGCAGAGGAUUGUGACUGUCAAAGGGAAGAGGUCCAACGAGCACGUGCACUCCCAGGGCCGCGUGAUGGGCGACCGCAGCGUCCUCUACAAGUCGCUGAACCCCAACCUGCUGGCGGUGGUGACGGAGAGCACGGACACGCACCACGAGCGCACCUUCAUCGGGAUCUUCCUCCUGGACGGCGUGACGGGCAGGAUCAUCCACUCCUCCGUGCAGAGGAAGGCCAAGGGGCCCGUGCACAUGGUGCACUCCGAGAACUGGGUGGUGUACCAGUACUGGAACACCAAGGCCCGGCGGAACGAGCUGACGGUGCUGGAGCUGUACGAGGGCACGGAGCAGUACAACGCCACAGCCUUCAGCUCCCUGGACCGCCCCAUCCUGCCCCAGGUGCUGCAGCAGUCCUACAUCUUCCCCUCUGCCAUCAGCGCCAUGGAGGCCACCAUCACCGAGCGUGGCAUCACCAGCCGCCACCUGCUCAUUGGGCUUCCCUCCGGGGCCAUCCUGUCCCUUCCCAAGGCCCUGCUGGACCCUCGGCGCCCGGAGAUCCCGACGGAGCAGAGCAGAGAGGAGAACCUGAUCCCCUACUCACCAGAUGUGCAGAUCCACGCCGAGAGGUUCAUCAACUACAACCAGACCAUCUCCAGGAUGAGGGGGAUUUACACAGCCCCCUCUGGCCUGGAGUCCACGUGCCUGGUUGUAGCCUACGGGCUGGACAUCUUCCAGACCCGGGUGUACCCCUCCAAGCAGUUUGAUGUGCUCAAGGACGACUACGACUACGUUCUGAUCAGCAGCGUUCUCUUCGGGCUGGUCUUUGCCACCAUGAUCACCAAGAGGCUGGCCCAGGUGAAGCUGCUGAACCGGGCCUGGCGCUGAGGGAGAUCCCACUCCGGGAUCUCAGCCCUCCCAAGGCACCCAAACUUCCUCUGUUCCAUUUGGCUGGAAGGUAUUUGUGAGGAAAAGCUGCUGCUGGAACAAAACCCGCACUGCCCACGCGUCUCCCGUGAGGAGAAACGCAAGAGAUGAAAAACAGAAUUUCUUUUUUAGUCUGUUCUGACUGAAAAAAGAUCCCAGUCCUCCUUUAAAGUCCCCAGAUCUCCCUGGUGUUGGUGAAGAGAAUACUCAGGAUGUGUUGUCCUGGCAGCGAGGAGGCUUGGCUGCGGAGAUGUGCGAACUCCUGCUGCGAGGAAGAGACCUUGGGUGAUUUCCUAAGGAAAAAUGCUGGGAAUUGGGUGGGAACAACCUCAUGGAGCCACUGACAGAGCUGCAGAGCACUGGGGAAGAAUUUGAACCUCAAGUCUCUCCCUGUUCUUUAUUUAUUGUGACAACAACAGUUCCUUCCCAUUUGUUCCUACAUUUUCCUGCAUUAUUUUGUGUUAAGGUGGGGAGGUUCAAGGGGAGGAGGCUCUCAUCAUUUCCUUCAGGAUCAGGGCUCUGAGCUCUGUGGGUUUUAAUUGUAAAAAUCCAGUUUGGCAUCCAGUUGUUCCCUCAGGAGAGGCCGUAUCCCUCCGUGUCCACAUCCCUAAAUAAAGCUGCAGAGCAGGGA